GUUUGUCCACACCUAAUGGAUUUAGAGAGCCAGCUGCAGCAAAACAGAGAUAUAUUUGUCAGCGAACGGAAUUGAAAUGAUUUAAAUCACACGCCUAUCCGGACACGCGCAAAAUUUUAGUCAGUGUUUAUUUUAUUCUUUGAAGCACAUUUGGUGGACGUGGAGUGCAAUUGCAGUUAUAUAAAAUCGUGCACACUGUAACUGCAUAUUUACAAGUGGGAACUUCUCUGUUGAGCCAUGGGUCAGAUCGUGGGCUCCAUGCAUAUGAAUGUGGCCGAGGUGUUCGGCAACAGGCGGAAACGUAAGCGCAGCACCGACUCAUCGUUGGGCAAAGAUGAGCAAGCCCAGUCGGACCCAACUCAGCCCAAGAAAAAGAAGCUUCUUACCACCACACAGUACAUAUACAAGGCGCUUUUCAAGGAGGAACAAAACUCGGAUGUGGCCGUUAUGGCGCUGGAUAAAGUGUGGCACCUGCACAAGGUUUACCUGAGCCAGAGUCCCUACUUCUUUACCAUGUUCAAUGGGACGUGGCGGGAGGCGCAACAGAACUUCAUACAGAUUGCGAUUCUCGACGAACGGAUCACAGUGGCCAGCCUGGAUGCUGUCUUCGGGUCCAUGUACUCCGAUGAGAUCGAGCUUGAAUCGGCCGAUGUGAUCUCAGUCUUGGCCACUGCCACGCUGUUCCACUUGGACGGGAUCAUCGACAAGUGCGCCGAGGUGAUGGUGGACAACAUCAGUCCAGAGACAGCCAUCCAGUACUACGAGGCCGCCUGCCAGUACGGCGUGGUGGGGGUAAAGAAGUCCACUUUCCAGUGGUUUCAGAUCAACCUGUUGAGCAUCUACAGCAAGCAGCCGAAUCUGCUGAGGCACAUCUCCAUCGAACUAAUGAGUGCCCUGACGGCCAGCCCCGAUUUGUACGUGAUGCAGACGGAGUUUUCACUUUAUACACUGCUGCGCACAUGGAUGUUCCUGCGCCUGCAUCCCGACUACGAUCCAGAGGACCCGGUCCAGCGGGCCGAGGCGGUAAAGACGCAGGAACGUCUGGUCAAUGCUGGCGUGGAAACUCACACGCCCAGCGGUGAUGUUGUCCAGUGGACGUACUUUACCAGUCGCAUGGAGGAGCGCUCGUUUCUCGCCACGCCGGAGGGGCAGCCGUACGUGAAGGUCUUCCAGAAGCUGCGGACCCAGUACCUGACGAACCACUAUAUGGAUCUAAAGAUCAUUUACAAUGACAACAUCAUACCCAAGGAGUGGCUCUAUCGGCACAUUCAUAACCACUGGGAUGCCCUUCUGCGUAUUGACCACGGCCAGGAGGAUUGUAGUCCUCAGCAACUGGACAACGAUCAGUUCUUCGAGAACUGUAUGCGCUGCGGGCGCAUGUUGCUUGAGCCCGGCUACCAGAAGUGGCGCUGGACGGGCUUCAACUACGGCAUGGAUCUCAUCCUGAUCAUGGACUCGCGCAGACUGAACAUUCGUCGCCACCACCGGCAUGAGCACGAGCGUGUGCUCAGCCUGCAGACGAAGCGCAAGUUCAUGGUCCGCACCACGGUGACUUCGAUAAACGCCCAGAGGCAACCUGUGUUCACCCAGACGUCCGAGAUCUGCUCGCUGAGCCUCGAGAAGAACGAGGAGGUACCGCUUAUGGUGCUCGACCCGAAACUGGUACAUCCGCUGCUUAUCUCUAUCAACAUGCUGGUGGUGAUGCCGCCGAAUCAGAGUUUCAAAGAGAUUGUGCCACUCAGCGAGGAGGCGACUACAUCUUUAUCCAUACCGAUUUCCGAGAUUGGUGCGGACUGCGAGAGGCCACUAACGCCGUCCAGUGCCGAUGACUCGGCCGUGUUCGUUGCGGACUCAGAGCCCACAACGCCGUCUUCGCCAGCUCCCAGGCCCAGGAUAACUUGGCCGACUAGUGAAACGGACGGCAGCUACGGCCAACUGGCGUGCUGAGCACGACGAUCAUAAGGGCAGUCCACUAACACCAGUACCAGUACCACCACUACCACCAAUUUCUGUUCAUUAACCCGCUGCGGCCGGGACUCGUUGUAGUUGUAGUUGUAAAUUCGUUCAAGCCAUUAAGAUUGGCUUCGGCUGAUCGAUCUGAUCUAGAAUUUUGUACAUUGAACGUGAGCAUAUCGGCUAUCGGUUUGGUAUGUGCAGAUCUAUAUUUUUGUAUAUCGUUUACAUCAUUAGUAUCUUGUAAAAUUGCUUACCGUCAUCUACUUUUUUUGGAGUAGACGCACGCUCUCGUGCCCUCGCACAGUGUAGAUGUUGCAUCUAGUUUGUAAAUUCGGAGUUUUAAGAUUGAUUGUUAUGUUUAAGUAACAAGGAACGCGGCAAAAAAAACUAUGGUUUAAGCGUCUUCGAAUCCUGAAAGUUCAACGCAUCUGAUUAAUGUCCUUAACACUUUUUUACACGCUUAUGCACGCACAGUAUAUAUUACCUUGAGUGAUCGUUCAUUAAAGAUUACAAUUAAUUCAAAA